AUGCUGCUAAUUCUUGCCUUAAUUGUUACAUCUUCAGCUAAAUUAGACCUUAGUGCUGAACUUCCAAUCGAGGAAGCAGAAAAACUCAGCGGCAAGGAUCUUGUCGAAUAUUUGCGCAGACAUCAGACGUUAUUCCAAGUGAAAGAUUCUGAGGAUAAAGAUCAUGAAGUGAUGGAUGAGGAAUAUCUGAAGAUACCCGAUGGAAUGUAUCGGAAAGCGAUAAAGCUUGAUGAGAAUGAAGAGAUUCCCGACAGGUUUGAUGCUCGUGAUAAAUGGCCUCAAUGUGCGCAUCUAAUAGGCGAUAUACGCGACCAGACGAAAUGCGGUUCUUGUUGGGCGGUUUCUGCUGCAGAAGUAAUGACAGACAGAGCGUGCGUACAAUCAGGAGGAAGAAUUAAGGUACAUCUCUCCGACACUGAAAUUCUCUCGUGUUGUGGGAAAUUUUGCGGUUAUGGAUGUCGUGGUGGCUACGCGAUGAGAGCAUGGAAAUAUAUAAUGAGAAAUGGAAUUUGCACUGGAGGGCAUUAUGGAAGCAAGGGUGUUUGCAAACCUUAUGCUUUCCACCCGUGUGGUGUUCAUAAAGAUCAGAAGUUCUACGGUCCAUGUCCAAAAAUAUCUUAUGAAACACCGCAGUGUAGACACUCCUGUCAACGUGGUUACGUUAAACAGUAUCAAAAGGAUAAGGUUUACGCAAAGGAUGCCUACAUGCUUCCGAAUGACGAAAAACUUAUUAGGAAAGAAAUAAUGACAAAUGGGCCAGUUCAAGGAUCUUAUGAAACCUACAAGGACUUCAAACUAUACGAUGGAGGAAUUUACGAGCACAAAGCUGGAGAAAGAAGUGGCGGACAUUCCGUUAAAAUCAUCGGAUGGGGAGUAGAUAAUGGUACAGCCUACUGGCUCAUUGCCAACUCCUGGAGCAAAGACUGGGGUGAGAAUGGGUUUUUCCGUAUGGUUCGAGGAAAAAAUAAUUGCAAACUGGAAGAGAUGGUCAAUGCAGGAAUGAUGGAUGUGUAA